CGAAGGGCGACGGGUUCCGGGAAGGGCUGCGCGGCUACGUAGGGGUCGCAGGUGAUUUCAAGGCUGCUGGUGCGGCUUGGGGUAGCUAUGGAGAGCGGGUCGCGACCGUCGCUCGGCCAGGUCAUCCUGCUGGGCACCAGUUCGAUGGUCACCGCCGUACUGUACUCCAUAUACCGGCAGAAGGCCCAGGUCGCGCAGGAACUCAAGGGAGCUAAGAAGAUUCAUUUGGGUGAAGAUUUAAAGGGCAUUCUUUCAGAAGCACCGGGAAAGUGUGUGCCUUAUGCUGUCAUUGAAGGAGCUGUGCGGUCUGUUAAAGAAACACUCAACAGCCAGUUCGUGGAAAACUGCAAGGGGGUGAUCCAGCGGCUGUCGCUUCAGGAGCAUAAGAUGGUGUGGAACCGAACUACCCACCUUUGGAAUGACUAUUCCAAGAUCAUUCACCAGAGGACUAACACUGUGCCCUUUGACCUCGUGCCCCACGAGGACGGCGUGGCUGUGUCCGUGCGAGUGCUGAAGCCCCUGGAUUCAGUGGAUCUGGGCCUAGAGACCGUGUACGAGAAAUUCCACCCCUCUGUGCAGUCCUUCACCGAUGCCAUCGGCCACUACAUCAGUGGCGAGAGGCCCAAAGGCAUCCAGGAGACAGAGGAGAUGCUGAAGGUGGGAGCCACCCUCACGGGGAUCGGUGAACUGGUCCUGGAUAACAACUCUGUCCGCCUGCAGCCCCCCAAGCAAGGCAUGCAGUACUAUCUGAGCAGCCAGGACUUCGACAGCCUGCUGCACAGGCAGGAGUCUAGUGUCCGGCUCUGGAAAGUUCUGGUCCUGGUGUUCGGCUUUGCUACCUGUGCCACCCUCUUCUUCAUCCUGAGGAAGCAGUACCUUCAGCGGCAGGAGCGCCUGCGCCAGCAGCAGCUCCAGGAAGAGUUCCUUGAACACGAGGCCCAGCUGCUGAGCCAAGCCUCACCUGAGGACAGGGAGAGUCUGAAGAGCGCCUGCGUUGUGUGUCUGAGCAACUUCAAGUCCUGUGUCUUCCUUGAGUGUGGGCAUGUGUGUUCCUGCCGCCAGUGUUACCUUGCCUUGCCAGAGCCCAAGAGGUGCCCGAUCUGUCGGCGGGAGAUCACCAGGGUGAUACCCUUGUAUAACAGCUAGGGGUCUUGUGGUCACACUGCAAGUGACCUUUGUCAGGGUCUGUCUGAGGCCUUUGGUGGGGUGGCUGUACCUUCUCGUAUGAUGGAGGGGCACCGGUGAGCCUCACAGCUCCAACAGCUGGAUGUGGCUUUUGAACCUGGACCUGGUGGGGUCCUUGGUGAGGGCCCCUUCUCGGGAGCUAGAUCCAUGUGUAUGACUGAAUAAGACCAGCUCAUUGUCCAGGCUCCAAGGCCAGUCCUCUCCGACUCUUGCUCCCUGGGGGUAGGGGUGGGUGUGGGAGGGGUGAGACGGCUUGGGAAGAAGGCUGAGCUUUGAGGGCCUUACAGUAUGGCCUCUUGGGAGAUGCCCAGAUGCCUCCUUUUGCUUCUGCUCAGGUGGGCAGUCUGUCUCUCUCUCUCUCUCUCUCUCUCUCUCUCUCUCUCUCUCUCUCUCUCUCCCUCUAUUUCCCUUGCUUUCUGAGUAAUGUUUGCACAUGUGUGAAGACGACAAGAAGUGAGGUUAGCCAUUUGCAUGAGUGGGGCACAGGUCAGCAGGAGGACAGGAGACUUUUCUAGGUGUUUCUAGGUUCGCAGGCAGCCUGGGUGUUUUCUUUUGACCCAGGGAGGGCACCAGAGCUGAGGAUGGGGGCUCCUUCUUCUGCCUGGCUUCCCAGGGUGCUCUGGCUUUCCACAGAGAGUGAAGGUGGCUGCCGUCCUGGCCUCUAGCCUUUGUAACUUCUUUGCUUGCUUUUGCCAAAGAAAGGGACCCACCUCACUGUCCCCAGCACCCCCUCUCCCUCACCCACCCCUGACUUGUGGGUACAAGAGUCUGUCAGGUCAUCCAAACAGCUCUUUUCUUCCUUGGCCUCCUGUGUGAGGGGAAGGGCUUCUUCCUGGCGCUGCCUGACACAAGUGUGUGCCGUGUCCGAGUGAGCCGCACAGAUUAGACAGCCUGCAGCACGUGUGUGCAUGGUGCUUGCUUCACUAAAGUGACGUGGCUGAGGCUUCCCUGGGUAGGAGUUAAAGCUACCCACCACAGGGUGAAGAUGGAUCUCAGAGACCUCUGCUUUCCUCUUGAGCUCCUCAAAAUGGGGUCCAGUUCAUGGUUGUCGAAGCCCCAUGCUCACCAGGCCCACAGUGGGACUGUAGUGUGCCCUGAGGACUUCCCUAGAUAGCUGGCCUCAGGUGCCACCUGGCCUUGCUUAUGUAGUUGUCUGACAAAAUGUGUCUUGUUUGGAACACUGGAGAAGCUGAGGUGGCGUAGGUCAAGAGGAUAUUAAUAUUCAGCGCUGUGUGCCCGGUAUUGUCCCAGUUGCUAUCAUAAGCUGGGCCUGGUGGCAAGCCAGUCUUGUGAGUUUGAGGCUAGCCCAGGCUACAUAGUGAAACCCUAUCUCAGAACAGCUGGGGCUGGAGUGGUGGCUCAGUGGUAAGGACCAACCCUGAGCCUGGGCUCCCAGCCGUCGAGCUCUAGUUCCUGGGCUUGCCACGCCCUCUCUGAGGGUACCAGACUGCAUGCUGUGCAGACAUGUGCAGGUAAAACAUGCAUGCACACAAAACUAAAAGCCUGGAAAAGAAAAACCCUGCAUUUGCAAAGGGAGUCACUCAGCACCGUCAGAAGCCCUUCCCCUUCCCCGGCCUUUCUGUAAGGGCAGGGCCCCGUGGGGCUUGGGGAGUGAUUUGGGAGCCCACCUCUGCCAGGAUCAGGAACAAUCUCAUCAAAGGGGUUAGGAGAAAGGGCCUAUUUGUCCCACCCAGUGCACUCUGCAGGUGCCUCCCACCAUGGGAUACAGGAGCAGAAGAGUCUCCUGGUCAUCAGAAGUGGCUGUGUCUCUGUGAUAGGGUAGGUUCCUGCUUGAGCCUAGCAGCUCCUUCCUUCCUUCUGCUUUACAAGUCUCACUUCCAGGAGGCCUCGGAGGCCUCGUGGAGGCCCCAACAACCUAAACCAAUAUGUGGGAUCUGGAUUGGGUUGGAGGUGCUUAGGGGAUCAGAGCUAGGAAGGGAGCUGUCAGUGGGGCUGGGUGUCAUGAGUACCUGUCAUUCUCAGCCCCUUUAGUCCCCAGCUGACAGGGCUGGGUGGGAGUCGUUCUGAACAACUGCUGUCGGCUUGGAAUACCUGUGCAGGCACCAUACACGCUAAGGCUUCAAUACCUGUGCAGGCACCAUGUACACUAAGACUUCAGUCCCCCCCCCCCAUUGGUAUUGGUUCCCCUAGUUUAUUUCCGGUACUUGAACUCAGCCUAACUAUAAAGCCUUUGCUGGGAGCACUUGAGACCUGGGAACCCAGUAAGAGAAGUUGACUACACGCAGUCCUGCCUUGUGUCCAUGGUCCUGGGUUCCAGGGCCUUCAUGGAGACUGAUCUAUAGAUGUCUCAGCACUUACGAACAAUAAUGUAGAGUCUGCGGAGUUCCUCACCUGUCUUCCUGUACACACAAAGUCAUCUCUAGAUUAUUCUAAUGCAGGGUAGGUCCCAGGUGCCUGGGUGCGAGGGUGGCUGCUGCUUGGGGAGUAGGAAAAUAAAUGUGUACCUGCUCA